AUGCGGUCUUAUCAACUAUCUUGUACAACGAGCGCCAGAAUGUCAUUGUGCAGCCUGUUCUAUUUCUUCGUGGCAACAUUAGUCGUCGGCACCUACGGUACAAGAAACGAUCCGAUCUAUAAUGUACAAGCGCUACGUGCACGUUUAGGUUCAGAAGGAACCAAAAAGUUCGAAAUCCCGACCAGAUUACCAAAUGUUACGUUUGAAGUACCCCCCUCAUGGGGUGGUUAUCAGCCGGUUAGCCCAAGGCAUGAUGAAACGCGUCAACUCUACUUUUGGAUGUUCCCUGCAACUGGAAAAGUUGGCCACGACGACCUUGUUGUCUGGUUCAACGGCGGUCCUGGUUGCUCAUCUCUCACGGGUGUUCUCACUGAGGAGGGUCCUGUGAAAUUCAACAAUGUAACGCACAAGGCUGAACCCAAUCCGUAUUCAUGGACAAAUUUGACGAACAUGAUCUGGGUUGAUCAACCUGCUGGCACCGGCUUCUCUCGUGGUCAACCGAAAAACCAAUCUAUGGAACAAAUCGCCGAGGAAUUCAACGGGUUUCUGCUCUCAUUGUACCAAACCUUUCCCAAGUUGCAAGGCAAGAGGCUCUGGCUUGCAGGGGAAAGCUACGCAGGCAAGUUCAUUCCCUACAUGGCCGACUGGAUUUACAAGCAUGAAGUUGAGAACCAGAAAGCAGGUAUUCAUCUCCAUGGCAUUAAUAUGAUAGAUGGAUUCUUUAUGGACGACAUAAUUGGGAAGGAACUCCCAUCCAUGCAAUUUGCCCAACAACAUUACAGGAGCAUGAAUAUAAGUGAGGCUGACAUGAGCGCUCUCGAAGCCAAAGCACAGAAAAUUGGCAUUGAUGAUUACGUGGAGAGAUAUCUUCAUUAUCCUCCGAAGGGUCCGCUCCCUAUCCCGCGCAACUUGAACAAGCCCGAGUCGGUAUAUUCUACAUUCAAGAAUUUGGCGAAGAAGGCGAACCCAUGCUUCUCUCCAUUCUAUGUUAUAGCCACGGCACCAUGUCCGCUGAACUCUAUGGGUCAGAACGUCACGUCGGAAAAGGCUUUCCCGCAGAAUUACUUCAAUGAUAUGCCUUCCAUCAAGCCAAUCAUUCAUGCUGACAACAAAACUUAUUUGUCGUGCUCCCGGGCUAAGCCGUUUAAAAUCAUGAAGAAACUCCACACUCAAUUUCCUAUUCAUACCGUUCUCCCUGGCGUUAUCGAAAAGAGCAAUCGCACCAUCAUCCAGCACGGCAAGCUUGAUUAUAUCAUGCUGGUGAAUGGCACCUCGCUAGCUAUCCAGAAUAUGACUUGGGCCGGCGCGCAGGGUUUCCAAUCCAAACCUAACAAAACGCUUCUUGUGGACGGUGAAACGGCUGGCUUGUAUCAUAGCGAGAGGAAGUUGUCAUUGGUUCAAGUCGACCGCGCGAGCCACAUGAUCGCGGCCUACAAACCCAAGCCAGCUUACAAGUUGCUUCAAUUUUUGCUGGGACAAAUUGAAGAGGAAGACCUGAUCAAGGCCUAA